AUGACCUCCAGUAAAGACAUGAAGGCAGGUUCUGUGUUGCAGUCCAGCGGCGACGAGAGGAGGCGGGCUCCCUUGGACCAGCUGCCGCCGCCGGCCAACUCCAACAAGCCUUUAACGCCGUUCAGCAUUGAGGAUAUCCUUAACAAACCCUCGGUAAAGAAGUCGGUCGCCAGCAUUUGUCCGCCGAGAGUGCUGGAGAAAGUGACGGGCUCCAACUCGGCGAGGAACGGGAUCACCACUCCCUCCUCGCCGUUGUGCGCGCUGGAGGAGCUGGCCAGCAAAACAUUUAAGGGUCUGGAAGUCAGCGUUAUCCAGGCAGCAGAAGGUCGAGAGCAUGUAAACGCUUUCGGACAGAGGCAGACGUCGAAAAAGAGGAGAAAGUCGCGGACGGCCUUCACGAACCACCAGAUCUACGAACUGGAGAAGCGGUUUUUGUACCAGAAGUACCUUUCUCCGGCCGAUCGCGACCAGAUCGCGCAGCAGCUGGGGCUCUCCAACGCGCAGGUCAUCACCUGGUUUCAAAACCGCAGGGCCAAACUCAAGCGGGACCUGGAGGAGAUGAAAGCGGACGUGGAGUCGCUAAAGAAAAUCACCCCACAGACCCUGCAGAAGCUCGUCAGCAUGGAAAACAUUGAGGAGGCUCAGGGUGGGGGGCCCGGGGCCAGGUCGCCCAGUAUCUCCCCGACCUCCCAAGGACACCGGGCCUUCCCACAGUCCCCCUCCUCGUCCAGAGACCAAACCACGGAUGAAUUCUCGGAGGACGACGAGGAAAUCGAGGUGGACGAUUGACAGUCUGGGGGGCUGCGAUUUUCAUAAGCAACAACUAAAAAGAAUAUUAAAAGGGGGCAUUUUUCUUCCCAAACUUUUGCACGGAUAUUGACAAAAAAGGAGAAUAUAAACAAUUAAAAAAAGACAUUUCAGGAACGUUUUUUCUUCUCCUCCUCUUUUUUCCCCUU